AUGGCUUUCGGGUUCAUUGGGCUCGGAAAUAUGGGUUCCAUGAUGAGCCACAACCUGGCAUCGUACGCCGAGUCCGCAGGUCUUCCUAAAGUGCAAAUAUGGAAUCGGACGCGAGGCAAAAGCGAGGCUGUCGCAGCGAAUAGCUACUGCGAUGUCGCAGACUCCAUCCCGGACUUGGUCCGGAAAUGCAAUGUCAUUCAUACCUGCCUCGCCAACGACGACGUUGCCCUUUCAGUAUAUCGGGAGAUCUUCCAGGCGCGUAAACACGGGUUGAUACUGGCCGACCACUCAACUCUGUUCCCUACCACCUCGACGACGCUGGAGAAGGAAGCCCGAGAAGUUGGCGCCUCAUUCAUGUCUUGCCCAGUAUUCGGUCCGCCUGCUGCCGCGAAGAGUGCCGGGCUGUUGAUCGUACUCUCUGGCAAGGAGGAGUCGCGGAAGGCGGUGAAGUCGUACAUUGUCCCUACCCUCGGAAAGGGUAUGAUCGAUUGCGGUGAAGAAACUUCAAAGGGUGCUCUCCUGAAGAUUCUGGGGAACAACUGUAUCCUGGGCACGAUUGAAUUGCUAUCAGAGAGCUUCACCUUGGCCGAAAAGACUGGCUUUGACACCGACGUCCUUUACGAAUUUAUCCAGCAAUGGUUUCCUGCAGCAGCCUGGGUCAAUUAUGGCAAAAAGAUUCGGGAUGGUGCGUUCAGCGGCAAGACAGGCUUCACCCUGCCUGGAGGCAUGAAAGAUGCUGCGUACAUUCGUCGCCUUGGAGCCGAAACAUCAACGCCAACGCCGAUUAUUGAUCAAGCCUGGAAUCAUUUGACCACGGCUAAAGCACUCGGGGGAGAGUCAUUGGAUUGGAGUGCCUGUGCUGCUGGGAUGCGGGUAACUGCCGGUUUGAAACCGUUCAAGGGAGAAGAUUUUUCGUUGCAAGGGAACCACGCCAAUGGUGUCAAUGGGAAUUAG